AUGUACAACUUAAGUUAUGGAACAUUUUCAUAACAGCCCUUUUCCUAAAGAUCAAGAUUAAGUUACACUAUUUAUAAAAAAUUAUAAGGUAAAUGGUUCAAAUUAUGCAGACAGCCUUAAAUUCUAGAAAAUUAUGGAGAGUUAUAAAACGAUCCUUAGUUUGCUAUUCAAUUUGAUUCAGAAUAAUUAUAUUUUGGAUUAAUAGUGAAUGGUUUGAGGUAAGGAGUAGGAGUACAUUAUAAAUAAGGAAAAUACAUAUUUGAAGGAGAUUGGUAAGAGAAUUAAAAAAAUGGAAGGGGAAUAGAAUUAUUUAUGAAUGGAUCGUAUUAUGAAGGAUAAUAUAAGAAUGGAAAACCAUAAGGAAUGGGUAGAUUUUAAUGGAGUAAUGGAGAAUGUUAUGAUGGAUAAUGGUUUAAUGGUAAAAAACAUGGUUCUGGUAUUUGGAAAGGUUCAAAAGGAGAUUCAUAUAUUGGGGAAUGGAAGAUGGGUGUUCCUGAUGGAUAUGGAGUGCAUUAAUGGAUUAACGGAGAUCGAUAUGAAGGGGAGUUUAAGAAUUGUUUAAAGGAGGGAAGAGGAACAGAGAAAUUUACUAAUGGAGAUACAUAUAUAGGAGAAUAUGUAGCAGGUAAACCUAAUGGUAAUGGAGAAUACUAUUGGGCUAAUGGAGCUGUAUAUAAAGGAUAAUUUAAAGAUAGUUUAAGACAUGGAAAGGGAAUCUGGAGAAGAGGAAAUGGACUUGGAGAUUCAUAUAAUGGAGAAUAUGAAAAUGAUUUAAAAUAAGGAUAUGGUAUUUAUAGUUGGUCAGAUGGAAAUAAAUAUGAAGGAUAUUUUAAAAAUGAUUUAAGAGAUGGAUAUGGUACAAUGUAUUGGCAUGAUGGUACAUUUUAUAAAGGAUAGUGGAAAUAGGGAAUUUAAGAUGGAGAUGGAAUGUUAUCAAUGAAUCAGGAGGUUAUUAGAGGAGUAUUUUUUGGAACUAAAGCUUUGGAAGUAACUGAGAAUUAAAAUUUCAGAAAAACUCAUUUUAGAAAUUAUACUUAUUCAGUUAAUCAAUCAAGUAGAUAAACAGGUAGAGAUUAAUCAAGGAUUGACAAUAUUCAAUAAUAGAGAAAUAAUUCAACAGAAACAAGUACAAAAAUAAAUUCUUUUACUUAGACUUAAAGAGAAGAUGAUUUUAGAUAAAAAAUAAUAAUUAAUAAUGAGUCAGAACCAAAAACAAUAGGUCGUAUUACAUAAUCCAAACUUUUACACAACAAAUAUAAACCAGUGUUCCCAAAAAUGCAAUAAUUAUUCUAAUAAAAUUAUUAAAAUUAAAAUAAUAAAAAAAAUAAAGAAUAAAAGUAAUUAUGGAAACCUAGUGGUAUAGUAAAAAAUGUUAGAUUUUGA